UAUGUUGUCACCAGUGUGCACUUAAGAUCCUGGGUGUGAUAAUUAAAGCCCUUCUCCCUGAGGGUAUCCCUCUUCUUCUUAUAAUGGAAAUCUUACAAAAUAGUCCUUUCCUAAGAGGUCUCUGCCGUACAAGUGCGCCAGCAGACCUACAAUAUGAUAACACAAGUGAACUGUUUCGCAUUUCGACCUUUGCAAAGUUCCCCUCUACAGCGCCGGUAACUGAGAGGAGCCUUGCCCGUGCUGGGUUUUUCUACACUGGCAUAUGUGAUCGGGUCCAGUGUUUCUGCUGCAACGUGACCAUUGAUAAUUGGCAGACAGGAGAAUGCCCAGCCGAGAGGCACAAGCAGAUGUCCCCCAACUGCGCCUUCAUUCAGAGCUUGCCUUCCACCGCCAAUCUCCUGUCCUCCUCCCAUUCAGCCUUUUCGCCUCUCCGCAAUGCUACUAUCCUGCAACUAAACCUGCCUGCAGUCACUUCAGCUUCGGGCCAGACAGAUGAGCAAGUUGGUUACCUGAACAUGAGCAACCUUGCCCCCUCCAGCCCUCUGUCAUCUCGUGUAGUGGAAGACAUGUCACAUCAGAGGCCAUCUGCCUGCCACAAUCCCAGCAUGCGGCGUGAGCAGGAUCGCUUGGACACCUUUCAAAACUGGACCCUUACCACGAUCACCCCUGCCGAGCUUGCCAAGGCUGGUUUCUAUUAUCUCAGCCAGGGAGACAGAGUGGCCUGCUUCAGCUGUGGUGGUCACCUGAGUAACUGGGAGCCUGGAGAUAGGGCCAUGUCUGAGCACCAGAGGCACUACCCUAACUGCCGUUUUGUGAGAGGUGAUCGAGCUGAUAACAUCUCUAUAGCUGGUGGUUUGGCCAAUGUGUCCAACCCAGCCAUGCAGCAGUGUGAAGAAAGGCUGCUUACGUUUGUCAACUGGCCUGCAAGAAUACCUGUCCGACCAGAUCAGCUGGCCAAGGCUGGUUUUUACUACGUUGGUCGUAACGACGAUGUAAAGUGCUUCUGUUGUGAUGGAGGACUCCGAUGUUGGGAAUCAGGAGACGAUCCUUGGGUUGAACAUGCUAAAUGGUUUCCCAGGUGUGAGUACCUUUUGCAAGAAAAGGGGCAAGAGUUUGUUCAUCAGAUCCAGGCCAGAUUUCCAAGAUUGUUUGAACAGCUGUUGAACAAUGGGGACUCAAGGGAAUUCGUUGAUCCACCUGUUGUACAUUUGGGUCCAGGAGAAGAGCGCUCAGAAGAUGCUGUAAUGAUGAACACACCUGUGGUGAAAGCAGCCCUGGAAAUGGGCUUUGAUCGCAAUUUAGUGAAGCAGACUGUCCAGAGCAAAAUUCUCACCAGUGGAGAAAACUAUAAAACUGUCCAGGAACUGGUGUCUGACCUGCUGAGUGCUGAGGAUGAAAAAAGAGAAGAGGAGCGUGAAAUGUUUGCAGAGGAAAUGGCGUCAGAUGGAUUUACUUUUUUGAAGAAGCACCAUGCUGCCUUGACGCAGCGUUUGAAAAGUGUCCAGAGCCUAAUGGAUCAUCUAUUGGAGGAGAAUGUGAUUUCACAGAAGGAGUAUGACACCAUACGCAAUUGCACGUCAGUCAAGCAGCAGACGGGUCAGCUCAUUGACUUGGUCUUGUCAAAGGGGAACGCAGCAGCAGAGGUCUUCCGCAAUUGGAUCAAAAAGAAUGAUGUGUACCUCUUAAGAGAGCUAAUGGCCCAGACAAAUGAAGCUGUAUCACCGAGUCAAGAUCUUUCAGACUUGCCCAUGGAGGAACAGCUGAGGAGACUUCAAGAGGAGCGCACAUGUAAAGUGUGCAUGGAUAAAGAGGUCAACAUCGUCUUUAUACCAUGUGGGCACCUGGUGGUUUGUAAAGAGUGUGCUCCUUCAUUACGCAAGUGCCCCAUAUGUAGAGGCAUGGUAAAGGGCACUGUACGCACCUUUCUGUCAUAACCGUGCCAAGUGCUUUAGAUAGGUACUGUUUGAAGCAUUAUCAAAUUACGUAUAUUAAACAGUACUUGCAUACUUAGUGUUUGCAUUCUCUAUUUCUGACGCAGUAGUCUCAAUAGCCAAAUGUUAGCUUUUGAAAAUGGGCACAGAAGUAUUACAAUCACUUUAAAAAAAUAAAAAAUAAAAAUUAAACAAUCACCUGAAA